GGCUUAGCUGGACCAGAAGGUAACCCAGGUCCUAAAGGUGUAAGAGGUUUCAUUGGACCUCCAGGAGUGGCAGGACAAUCAGGACCUGAAGGAGAAAGGGGCAUCCCAGGCUUCCGUGGAAAAAGAGGCCCUAAAGGGAGACAGGGUUUUCCAGGUGACUUUGGAAAUAGAGGCCCCCCUGGCCCAGAUGGGAAUCCUGGAAUUGUUGGCGGUGUUGGUCCUCCUGGAUUUCCAGGACUAAGAUUUGACCCCCAGAACUGCUGGGUGGGUGCUGCUGCACCUCCAUUUGACUGCAAGGAAUUAGAGGUCUUUUAUGGAGCAGAGAAGUCCUUUGAUCCCUACACUUGUGUGUUUGUAGCUGAGAAACCAACAGAAUUAAUUCAAGUAGCUUGUCCAGCCCAGCUGUAUGCAGUGUCAAGAGCUAAUUAUAUUUUUGUGUUCGGUCAUGAGAACAACGGCAAAGGAGGCAUUGGGCCAGCAGGACCAAACGGACCAUCAGGGAUCCCAGGGCCCAUGGGUGAACAUGGCCUUGCAGGAGAGCCAGGAGACCAGGGGUACCCAGGAGACAAGGGUGCUCUUGGUUUACCAGGACCCCCAGGGAUCAGAGGAAAGCCAGGACCCCCGGGGAAAAUUGGAGAUCCUGGAUCCUGUGGACCAUUGGGUCCUCCAGGACCUGAGGGUUUUCCAGGAGAUAUUGGUAUACCUGGAUUAAAUGGCCCUGAAGGUCCUAAGGGACUUCUGGGUGACCGAGGGCCUCCAGGGCCACAAGGCCCCAAAGGAGUUGAGGGAGAAGUAGGACCAGCUGGACCUACUGGAGGAGUUGGCCCAAGAGGAAAGCCAGGACAGAAAGGUUACGUAGGUGAUCCUGGACCAGAAGGCUUAAAGGGAUCAGCUGGCUUACCUGGAGAAACUGGGCCAUCUGGAAGCCUUGGUGAAAAGGGAGACCGAGGGAGUCCAGGACCAGUAGGUCCUCCUGGAGAGAAAGGUGUCGUGGGCUACCCAGGACCUCCAGGAGGCCCAGGACCUGUGGGGCCAGAAGGAUCACCUGGGCCAAGAGGUCUAGACGGUCCUCUAGGAGAACCAGGAACACAAGGCAUUAAGGGAGAAAGAGGAGAUCCGGGAAAGAAAGGAGUUCCUGGGCUCAUUGUAAGUAUUGGAGCCAAGGGUUUACUUGGGCCUCCUGGAACCACAGGAGACAGGGGACCAAUGGGAGAGCCAGGUCCAAGAGGACAACCGGGGGAUGCUGGCCCUGUUGGAGAAAUGGGUUUUGAGGGACCUCCUGGCCCUGAAGGAGAACCUGGCCUGCAGGGAGAACCAGGCGCAAAGGGAGACGUUGGACCUGCUGGGAAGGCUGGAGAACCAGGCGACCAGGGUUUAAGGGGUGAACCAGGACCUCCAGGAGAAGAUGGUGUUCAAGGAAAAGAUGGCACAAAGGGGGAAAAGGGGCAGCCUGGCCCUCCUGGAGAAAUUGGACCUGCUGGUGAGACUGGCCAACCUGGAGAAAUUGGUCCCAAAGGUGCAAGAGGAACUCGAGGUCCCUUGGGACAUCUAGGAGGAAUGGGACCUGAAGGAGAGCCAGGAAUUCCGGGUUAUGGGGGUCACCAGGGUCCUCCAGGGUCCCCAGGGCCCCCAGGACCCAAAGGAGAAAAGGGUUACCCAGGUGAAGACAAUACAGUUCUUGGACCACCUGGGCCCAUAGGUGAACCAGGUCCUAAUGGUGAACGUGGAGAUAGAGGAGAACCUGGUGAUGAGGGCUACAAGGGUCAUAUAGGUCUUCCAGGGCUUAGAGGACCUAUUGGACAACAGGGGCCUCCAGGAGAGCCAGGUGAAUUGGGAGAGCAAGGACCAAGAGGAGAAAGAGGUUCAGAAGGACCCACAGGGAAGAAAGGAGCAACGGGUCAGGCAGGCAAACCUGGAAUUCCUGGAAAAGCAGGGCCAGCAGGGCAGAAAGGAGCAGUUGGGUACCCUGGACCAGAAGGCAUACCUGGGAACCCUGGCAAGCCUGGGCUGGCAGGGAAGCCUGGCCCUAAGGGUAAUAAAGGAAACUCAGGCUUACCAGGUCUGGCAGGUUAUCCUGGAGCUCGAGGUCCCAAGGGUUUGCCAGGCAUGCCAGGGCCCAUGGGAGCACCUGGACUAAAGGGUGAGAAAGGGCUUCUGGGUCAUCCGGGAAAGCGAGGCAAAAGAGGCCUUCCAGGAUCACAAGGUGACCAAGGACCAGCAGGAGAUGCUGGACUGAAAGGACAGACUGGUCCUGCAGGGGACGUUGGCGUAGUUGGAAUUCUGGGCCCAAAAGGUCCAACGGGCCAAGUUGGAUAUAUUGGCCCUGUUGGUCAAGAAGGAAUAACAGGCCCAACUGGCAGGCCUGGACCAAGAGGUGAAAAGGGCACAAGGGGUGAAAUGGGGCCUCAGGGACCUCAGGGCCAGCCAGGACCACCUGGACCACCUGGACCACCAGGACCAAGAAAACAAGUGGACAUCAAUGCUGCUGUUCAAGCUUUGAUUGCAUCAAAUGCUGCACUGCAGAUGGAGAAAUACCAGAAUACUGAAGUAACUUUACUAGAUCACAGUACAGAGAUAUUCAAAACGCUGCAUUACCUUAGCAAUUUACUGCACAGCAUCAAGAACCCUCUUGGCACACGGGAUAAUCCAGCACGCAUCUGCAGGGAUUUGCUUAACUGUGAACGUAAAGUGUCAGAUGGAAAAUACUGGAUUGACCCAAAUAUUGGAUGUCCUUCUGAUGCCAUUGAAGUUUUCUGCAACUUCACUGCGGGUGGUCAGACAUGUUUAACGCCGCUGUCUGUUACAAAGCUGGAGUUUGGCGUUGGAAAAGUGCAGAUGAACUUCCUUCAUUUACUGAGCUCAGAAGCAACCCAUAGCAUCACAGUUCAUUGUCUGAACACACCGAUGUGGGGAUUAAAUAAAGCAGGUGGCCAGAAAACAUCUGUUAGCUUCAAAGGAUGGAAUGGUCAAAUAUUUAAAGCAAAUACGCUACUUGAACCGAAGGUUCUUACGGAUGAAUGCAUGAUUGAAGAUGGCAGCUGGCAUAAGACACAGUUCUUUUUUCACACUCAGGAUACUAAUCAGCUUCCAGUUGUUCAAGUUAACGCACUUCCUCAUCUCAAACCAGGACAGCAGCACUUCAUAGAAAGUGGUGCAGUGUGCUUCCUUUAAGGGUUCUGUCCUGGGGUUUUUUGCAUCAACAUGGAAUUGCUGCGUAGAUUGAAUGCAAAAGUAAUGAUCCAUUUCAGGCAAAAUUACUAGGAAACUGAAAAAUUAUUUUGAACAGUCUUGGUUAAAG